CUGUAGCAUGCACCCAGGAUGAUUCUUCCUUUGCUGUUCUCGCCUGUCUUCCUGAAUCAUCUAAACUUACAGAAUCUAAUGUAACCACAUUACCAAGUGAAGAUGGAGCAAUUUUAUUAUUCAAGGUUGGAGACCCAGUUCCCGUGGCCACCUGGUUUGUAAAGAAGGCACUGGGAGGGGGGCUUGCUUUUCUUCAUACAAAUCCAAGUGCCUUGGAAGAGAAGAUUUCAGAUGAAAAUCCAGUCUCAGUGUUGCUUGCAUAUAUAAAUGGUGAUCAUGAAUACAUCCUCUUUGACCCAUAUGUUGAACAACAAGCAUGUGAGCAAGGCAUGGCUCGUCGGCAGAAUCUAUCUGGUUUUCAGGAGACUGGCCAGUUCGGUUAUGCAUCUAUUUAUGGGGAGUUACCAGAGUUCGACUUGAAGGCGGGAAAGCAGACUCUGCCAGCCCCAUUUGUAGCAUCAGAAAAGCCAUGGGAGACCAUAUUUAGUGGAUCAUCUCAUAGCCUUCCUCCUCUGACCAAAUUAUGUUCAUCAUUUUUGGAGUCGUUGCUAGAAAAGAGAACAGCUACUGUAGAGUGAUCACUGCAGAUAGAUGCAUAUCUACAUUUUCUUGUUGUCUUUCCGGUCAAAAUUCAGUGAUGUCUUCUGCAGUUAUUCAAGCUAUUGAAGAGUACAAGUUUCAAAGUGUCUUCAAAACUAUUGAAGGCAGGUUUGAAUUGGCUGGAAGGGGAAAGAAAAAUCAAUUUAGAAUGUUUGAGGAGAUGAAGCUCUAUGCUCUGCUAUGGCUACUUAUGAAUUUGAUACAGCCAAAUCUUUGGAGGAUCUGUUGUAGCUGGUGGACCUCUCACCUUUCUACUGGAGUUUUGAAAUUGUCAGUUUUGCCCCCAACUCACCAAUUUUCCUUGUGCGGAAUGUCCCUUGGUAGUAAAGUAGAUGAGAAAAUUGUUUUUAUGACUCAAAAUUUUGGAAUCUUUGAUUGUAAAUUUGAAACGACAGAUUGCCAAGUUAUUAAUGGUUGAGAUAACCUUAUUAGCUC